AGGAGGCCAUGGCUUAUGUAAUCUGGAAAAUAUUCAUGAGGCAAUACGCUCGUCGCCUCCACUACAAUACGCAGCAGCAGCAGCAACAGCAACAUUCGACAUUGAUCUGGCAUUCGUCGUACGAAUAUGCGGCCAUUCGGACGGCCGACGACACGAACAUUGAGGCAGGGCCGCCACCUUCGGAGAGGGGAGGAGGAGCAGGGACCACCGAAAGCCCCAAAUUAGCAGAAAAGGAGGAGGAGGUGAAACAGACAAGGGAGGACUUGGGCGAGAUCUUGGUGUUGAAUGACACGCAAAUCGAUGUCCCAGUGGGAGCCACGAGUGUGCCCCAGGAGGAGGUAAGGCGGAGAGAGGAGGGAAUGGCCAACACGAGGAACGAGGCCAACAGGCCAGCGCCCAUAGCCCGCAAUGAGGAAGAGGACGACGACGACGACGACGAGGAGAUGGAGGAGGCUGUCGAGGAUCCGGAUCCAGUGGUGGCAACAAAUGCUAAUUAUGUGUGCUGUCAAUACCCUGCAACAACUGCAACAAGCAGCAGCAACAGCAGCAAUGCUGUGGCAACUUUGAACCGCGGCACAUCGCGGGUUCGCGAAUAUCUCAAGAAAUGCAGGCAACGCUUAACGGGUCAGCAGCAGCAGCCGCAGCCACAGCCGCAGCCACAGCCACAGCCAAAGACUACGACUACUACCACGAUAAUAAUGAUCAGGAAUGAAGCUGCCACAGCCAGAGCCACGGCCAUAGAUGUGGCAGAAGAGGAUGAGGAUGAGGAGGAGGAGGAGGAGGAGGAGGACUGUUGCUCGGAUGAUGCCUCCUCCACAGCGUAUGCGGACACCCAACCCAUUGACUGUAGUCUCGAGGCGCAGCAGCAGCAGCAGGCGGUCCACCAAGUGGAAAUGCAUCCCAUACCCCACCUGGCUGGCGCUGCCCCUGCCCCUGCCCCUCUCGCUGACGUUGCUGAGUUGCAGGCUAAGGAGAACGAGGAUGUGGAUGUGGAUGUGAAGGUGGAGCUGGAGCUGGAGGUGGAGCUGGAGGUGGAUGUGGACGCCAUGCUGGCCCAGCUGAUUGACAGCCAUCUGUCGCACAUUUAUCCCGUCUACUGGGCACGCACGCGUGCAAUAUUAAUCCAGCAGGCACGUGAGCGGCUCGACUGCUCCUUCGAUGGCUGCCUGGACCGCUUCGAGCAGCGUUUCCUAUGCAAAUUUGCACAAAUUGCCACAACACUGCGCGCCGCUCAUCAAAUUGGCGAGUCCUGGUUAUGGCACGCCGGCUGGCCUUUGGCAACACCCAAUGGAGCGCUGGUGCUGCAUUUGAGCGACGCUGAGAUCGCGCACGCACUUCGUCCCGCAGAGCUCUAUCUGUGCAUCAAAUUGGAAGCCCCAACAAGCGACAAAAGCGACGACGACGAAGACGUUGAGGCCACACUACGGCUCUAUGCUGUUUGGCGCUCCUCCCCGAACGUGGAGAGCGUCCAGAGAUAUUGCAUCGACCAUACGAAUCCGCUGGCACUGCCACUGAGCCUGCUCCAACUGGAGAUGUCCACGACGGCGGCGGCAUCAAUAAUGAUGGCCACAACAGACGGCGGCGAGCUGCCGCAGCUGCUGCAGAAUCUGCUGGUGAGCGUGGAGCGCAGCAUUGAGCGCGUGUCACUGAACGAGCUGCAGAUGCAGAUGCAGAUGCCCCAACCCCAACCACUGGGCGAGGAUCUGCCACUGGAUGAGGCCAACAACAACAACAACAACAACAACAAUAAUAAUGGGAACACGAAUGGGGGGAACCCGAGCAGCAUUGCCGGUUCACCCAAGUGCGCGCUGAGGCGCAGCGAUUUGAUUACCAAAAACAAACUGUUCAACAACCGCUACAUGCUGCGGCGUCUGACCAACAGACAGGACAGCAUGAACUCCACCUCGUCGGGGAACAGCAAUGUCAGCGAUAGGAGCAGCAACAGCAGCAGCUCCAGUUCCAGCUCGAGUGCCGGCGAGGAGCUGCUCAACAAUAAUAUGAAACAGAAUUCAGGCGGAGGUGGCAACAGCAACAGCAACAGCAGCAGCAGCGAGACAAAGAAGAGGAGCAGCAACAGCAGCCGCAGCGGCAACAGCGACCAGAGUGAGGCAUCAUCCACGUCCCCGGCACUGCCGCUGUUUUGUUUGGGCAACUCUUUUCCGCAUAUCGAUAGCGAUGAGGAGCCCAGCGAUGGUGGCGGCGGCGGCGGAGGCAGCGGAAGAGCAGCUGAACGAUCUUUGGAGACCUGCGAAACGGAGCUGCUGCCGCCCAGCUCCAUCGGGGAGCUGCCCGAGAAACUGCUGACCAGCGGCGUCUAUCUGCCAGGCACACGCACCCUCAAAGGCGACCCACUUGUGAGCGUGGAUGCGGCCUGUGUGGCGUCCGCCGGCCUCAAUUGCUAUGAGCUUGCCACACUGCUGCUCUACUACAGCACCAUACCAGAGCGCAACACACCGCCUCCUGCCCCCCAAGCACCAGGAACAACCGCAACAAUCAAUGGCCAUAAAAGUACGGAGCAGCAGUCGCAGCGACAACAACAACAACAACAACAACCCGCCCAACAAACAUUUACCAUUUUAAUUGCCAUCGAGAAAUCGCAACAUUUAUGCGUAAUCGAAUUAAUUUGCCAAAGUCUCAGGCUCUUAAGCAAGCAGAUUGGCAAUUGUGAAAUUUUGGUCGUUUCCAGCGAUACGAAUUUGCUGCAAUUGUGCAACGAGCAGCACCAACAGAAGCAACAGCAGCAGAACUCCACCCCCUCAAACAGAAACAGCAACAGCAACAACAUAAACAGCAACAACAACAACAACAACAACAAUGAUCACCCGGAGCCGGCAUCGCCAUCGCAUUUGGUUAAAUUCAUUAGCGUCGACCAAGUCACGACAAGUGUUGCGCCAUCACAGCUACCCAGUGGCCUGCUCCCGUCGCUCCCCGCCUUGUCCGGCCAGCCGCAGCAGCAGCAGCAGCAGCCCCAUCACGACGCGGGCAAGUGGCGCGAGUUCUUCGCCCAGCUGGAGGCGUUCCAGAGGCAGUGCUCGGCGGCCGGCGGGCAUCUGGUGAGCGCCCUCAGCGAUAUACGCGCCGCCGAUCUGCAGGGCCUGCCGACGCGCCGCCAGCUGUACGGCCAGCACCGGGCCCUGAGUCGUGCCCUGAUGGACUCGCAGCUGCACAGCCUCCGCAAGCUGGGGGCCUCGCAGCUCUCCCGCCUCCAGGAGCUGGCCAGAGGCAUCACCUCUGGCCCGGCGAGUGCCGCCACCGCACCGCUGCGAGGGGUGCCGGUGGGGUCACCGAUGACGGUGCUCAAUGCGGAUGCCGCCUGCAAGCUGCGCAAGGUGACGCUCCUCUUCAACGAGGUGGAUCGCGCCGCCCAGCGACUGGAGCAGUUGACCGAGCAGAGACGCGAGCGCCUGCGGCAGCUGACGAGGCAACGGGCCAUGGAGGACGAGAUGAAUGAGGUCACCUCCUGGCUGAACAGCGACGGAGCGGAGAAUCUGCAAAAGUUUUCACAGCUCCAGUGGGAGAACGAGACCCAACUGAAGGCCCAGGAGCAGGAGUUCGAGAAGUACUACUUCAUAGCGAUGAAACAUCUGGCCAAGGGACGCGACCUGCAUGCGGCGGCCAUUAAGGUGUCGGUUCUCAGCGAGAGCGCCGCCAGCCUGAAGACAGCUUUGGAUCAGUUCGCCCAGAAGUUGGAGCUCACGCACGAGCGGUUCGAGGCAGCCGCCCGACUGCUGCACCUGCUCACCCAGCACCAGCGCGAGGUGGCCGCCCACGAGGAGCUGCAGCGCCUGGCCGAGCAGUUGGGCGCCACGCCCCUGCUGGAGAAGCACUGGCCGGCCAUGAGGAAGAGCAACACUCUGCCUGCGGCCAGCAGCACGCCGGCGCCGUCGGGUGGCAAGCGCGGAAGCUAUCGCUGCAGUUCGGGAAGCGGCAGCUCCUUUGAGGGCAUGCCGGGCGGCAACUGCAGCUGUUGGCGCGAGAGCCGCCACCUGGAGGACAUGGACGAGCCGGACGAGGAGGAGCAGGACAACGAUUGCGAUAAUGACGCCGAUGGCGAUGGCGAGGAGCAGCAGUCGAAGAUUGCCGACUCCGGAGUGGGCGUCUGCGACAAUUGCGAGCGCAAUCCGAAGCUGGCACGCAUCUGCUCCUGCCAGAGUCUCAACGAGAAGAGUCACGACGAGCUGCUCGAGGAUGAGUGCUUUGAGCGACCUUCGAAGCGCUACAUGGACAUGCACUCGCCCAUGGAGGCGAACGCCCAUCUGCAGUGCCAUGGCUCCAGUCUGGAACUGCCCAAGCUGGAGGAGCUCAGCUGCCUGGACCCCAAAAUACAAAAAACGCUUCUAUUGAUCAUGCGCGAAAUGAUUGGUACCGAACGCGACUACGUGCGCUCCCUGUACUACGUGAUCGAGAACUACAUUGACGAGCUGCUGCGCGAGGACAUACCGCAGCCGCUGCGUGGCCAGCGGAACGUGAUCUUCGGCAACAUCGAGAAGAUCUUCGAGUUCCACAACUCGCAUUUCCUGGGCGAGCUGGAGCGGUACGAGCGUAAUCCGCUAAAGGUGGGCGCCGCCUUCCUGGAGAUGGAGUCCAAGUUCUACCUGUACGCACUGUACAACAAGAACAAGCCCAAGAGCGACACGCUGCUGAGCGAGUACGGCAGCUCCUUCUUCAAGCCCAAGCAGCUCCAACUGCAGGACAAGCUGGACUUGGCCUCGUACCUUCUGAAGCCGGUGCAGCGCAUGGGCAAGUACGCGCUGCUUCUGCAGCAGCUGGUGAAGGCCUGCCGGAGUGUGGAGGGCGCGGCUCUGCAGGAGAUCGCCGCCGACGUCGAGGAGCUGCAGCGUGCCGAGGAGAUGGUCAAGUUCCAGCUGCGCCACGGCAACGAUCUGCUGGCCAUGGACUCGCUGCGGGACUGUGACGUGAACGUCAAGGAGCAGGGCCGCCUGCUGCGCCAGAAUGAGUUUCUCGUCUGGCAGGGACGCGGUGGCAAGAAGACGCUACGCCAGGUGUUCCUCUUCGAGGAGCUGGUGCUUUUCAGCAAGGCGCGCCGCUUCCCAGACCACAAGAAUCUGGACAUCUACAUUUACAAGAACAGCAUCAAGACUUCGGAUAUUGGCCUGACGGCGCACACGGGCGAUUCGGCGACCAAGUUCGAGAUCUGGUUCCGGAAGCGAAAGCCGGACGACACCUAUAUGCUGCAGUGCAUGUCGGAGGACAUCAAGAACGCCUGGACCGAGGAGAUCUCCAAGCUGCUCUGGAAGCAGGCGAAACGAAACAGAGAAAUUCGUCUGGCGGAGAUGUCUUCGAUGGGCAUUGGCAGCAAGCCCUGCCUGGACAUACGUCCGAGCAACAACCAGAUCAGCGAUCGGUCCAUACCCCUGACACAGCUAAACAAAACACCGAAGUUGCGUCACUCGGAGCUCGGCAAGGGCAGCAUGCGGCGUCCUAACUCGCUGAUAUCGGAGAGCUCCCUGUCCAGCGGCACUAGCACCACCAGUGGCUCCUCUAUCAGCGGCGGAUCCUCGUCGGGCCAUGGGGCGCACGAGAGCGGCCGGCACAGCCUGCACUUUGGCAAACUGCCAGGCAGCCACAACAGCAGCAGCAGCCACAGUAAUGCCACACUGGAACUGAUCAAUGAGACGCAGGCCCUAAAGCUGAGCAAGGGCUGUGGCAGUGGCAGUGGCAGUGGCAGCGGCAGCGGCAGUGGCAGUCACAAGAGCCAAGAGCCUGCCUCCGAAGGCAGAAACAGCUCGUCGGGCAACGAACAGCACGGACACGGAAGCAAACGUCAUCCCAAGCGAUCGACGACAAUCGUCAGCCAGCUGUCCAUGGAGAGCGGCAUUGUCUCAGACAUGUGCGGCACACCGGACCAGGAGCACGCGGCCGAGCAGUUGGCCGGCACAGGCAACAGGGGCAGCUGGUCCACAUCCACCGCAUCGGCAACGGCAUCCACUGCGAGCGCCUCGACGGUGAUCCUGCGGCGCUACAAGUCGUAUGCGCAUGCGGCCGAAUCCGCUGCCCCGGAGAGCAGUAAAUAGGUUCUCGGCCAGGCCAGGCCCUAGGUAUACAGAAGAACGAUUUAUAGCUUUAGCAGAAGAACGGAACGGUUUCAUCGGAUCCAGUUAUAAUAUACGAUACGAUACGAUACGAUACGAUACGAGUUACCAUAAUCAUUAUAAUUUUUACUUCAUUUUUUUUUUAUGUUAUUUAUUAUUUAUUACAUUAUACAUUUUAGUUGUGUUAAUUUGUCAUAAUUAAUCCCUAUUCCGCA